UCAUUUUAAUUUAAAAUAACUUUACCGCCAUCUCGCAAGAGACGAGACGACACGAGAUAUGACGAGAAUUUGUAAACACAGCGAAGAUCGUUCGAAAACGUUGUUCUUGAACUUUCAGUAAUAACAUGGUCUGUGAUACUUUAUUCAUCUAGAAAUCCGCCGUUCUUGACACAUUUCCUGCUCAGCCAUGGCUCCUCUUGAGGGAGUUCCAUGUCACCUUGUUCGUAUUUUCGAAUGUAAACAAGGUGCAGUUCGAGCUGUUAGAUUUAAUGUUGAUGGUGAGUACUGCAUGACCUGUGGUUCCGACAAAUCAGUCAAGUUGUGGAAUCCUCACAAGGGAACGCUGCUUCAUACUUAUGCUGGGCAUGGAUAUGAAGUCUUGGAUGCCCGGGGAUCAAGUGACAAUUCACUGAUUGGCUCGUGUGGCUUGGACAAAUCAGUGAUGAUGUGGAACGUAGGAACAGGAGAAUGCCUGAGGAAAUUCAGAGGUCACGCUGCAAGGGUGAAUUGUGUCAGCUUUAAUGAAGAGUCGACAGUCAUCUUUUCAGGGUCAAUGGAUGGCAGUGUCCGUGUGUGGGAUCUUCGCAGCAGAAGGAAUGACCCCAUCCAGGUACUAGAUGAAGCUAAGGAUGCUGUAAUGACAGUGUCUGUAUCUGCCCAUGAGAUUCUGACCUCGUCUUUGGACUGCUACACACGUGUAUAUGACUUGCGGAAUGGGAAGCUGAUGUCUAACUGUAUAGGAGAGAGUGUAACCUGUGCAGCCUUCAGUGGAGAUGGUCAGUGCAUUUUGGCAUCCACAAUGGGUUCCUCUCUUCGACUGAUGGACAAAGAUACGGGAGAAUUAUUGUCCCAUUAUAUAGGCCAUAGCAGCAAAGACUAUAAGGUUGAGAGCUGCUUCACUUCUUCUGACACACAUGUCAUGUCUGGUUCAGAGGAUGGAUAUGUGUAUUGUUGGGACCUCGUUAAAGGAACACUUUAUCUGAAACUAGAGCACAAGGGGAGUCGUGUGGUCCAUUCUUUGUCUCCACACCCCACAGAGUCUUACCUCUUGACGGCAACCCUUGGCCAGAUGUGGUUUUGGUCAGCUGAGCCUCAGGAAGAGCAUGAGAACACAUAAUUUGCAUUGCAACAGAAAUGUCAAUGUUACUCAACUGGCAAAAUGGCAAGGAUGGGAGAUAAAAAUGGACAGACUGUAGCAAAUGAAAUGAAUACAUCAGUAACAAACAUCUAUCUGUCUACUCAUCUGUCUGUUUCUACACACAUACAUUUAUGUUUAUGUUUGAAAAUUGAUUUUAAAGAUAAUUCCAAAGAAG